CACACGCACAAAACCAAAAUGGCGGUGCAGGAGACAGCGUCUCAACUCUCGAUGGCUCUCAAAGUACAAGAAUAUCCUACGCUCAAGGUGGGUUGACAUUUUACGGUCACCUGAAGACUUGGGGCGAGUUUAAUUGCAGUGUUAGGCAGAUAGAGGGACAUAGCUAAAGGGACAGCUCAUUUCUGACCUCAGCCUGGUUCCUCCCUAAGGUGCCCUAUGAGACACUGAAUAAGCGCUUCCGUGCAGCCCAGAAGAACAUAGACAGGGAAACGAGUCACGUGACCAUGGUGGUGGCUGAGCUAGAGAAGACGCUCAGCAGCUUCCCGGUGGUGGACUCUGUGGUGUCCCUGCUGGACGGCGUCGUGGAGAAGCUCAGCGCACUGAAACGAAAGGCCGCCGAGUCCAUUCAGGCAGAGGAUGAGAGCGCCAAGCUUUGCAAACGGCGGAUCGAGCAUCUGAAGGAGCACAGCAGCGACCAGCCGGCCUCGGUCAAUCUGUGGAAGAAGAAGCGCAUGGACCGCAUGAUGGUCGAGCACCUGCUGCGCUGCGGAUACUACAACACGGCCGUCAAGCUGGCAAGACAGAGUGGCAUCGAGGAUCUGGUCAACAUUGAGAUGUUCCUCACGGCAAAGGAGGUGGAGGAGUCGCUGGAGAGGCAGGAGACGGCCACCUGCUUAGCCUGGUGCCAUGACAACAAAUCUCGCCUUCGCAAGAUGAAGAGUUGCCUGGAGUUCAGUCUGAGAAUCCAGGAGUUCAUCGAGCUCAUCCGACAGAACAAACGAAUGGAUGCUGUCAGGCAUGCAAGGAAACACUUCAGCCAAGCCGAGGGGGGACAAUUGGAUGAAGUACGGCAGGUGAUGGGCAUGCUUGCCUUCCCCUCUGACACACACAUCUCCCCAUACAAGGAUCUGUUAGAUCCAGCCCGCUGGAAGAUGCUGAUCCAGCAGUUCCGGUAUGACAACUACCGACUGCACCAGCUGGGCAACAACUCUGUGUUCACCAUCACCCUACAGGCCGGACUGUCAGCCAUCAAGACGCCUCAGUGUUAUAAAGAGGAUGGCACCUCCAAGAACCCCGACUGCCCCGUUUGCAGCAAGUCCUUAAACAAGCUUGCGCAGCCGCUGCCCAUGGCCCACUGUGCCAACUCCAGACUUGUGUGCAAGAUCUCCGGCGAAGUAAUGAAUGAGAACAACCCCCCCAUGAUGCUGCCCAACGGAUACGUGUAUGGAUACAAUUCCUUGCUGUCCAUCCGCCAAGACGACAAAGUAGUUUGUCCCAGAACCAAAGAAGUCUUCAGCUUCUCCCAGGCUGAGAAGGUUUACAUCAUGUGAUCCUGCACUCUAACACAACAAAAACGGCAGAUUAACCCUGAAAACACUCCUACACACACACACACACACACACACACACACACACACACACACACGUAUCCCAUUCUUGCCCCUCACAGACCCCUUCCUCCCUCCUCCAGCCAUUUGAUCCCACAGACCACCAGGAUGCUUCCUUCAAGACUGGUGUACAGAGAUUACAUUGACAAACAUGUCUGCCAGGUAGCCAAGUAUGGGUUUUCUUGCUGGAUGCAUACUUGCUGCCUCUGACCCCCACCCCAACCCUCCACAUUGGCUUUAAAAGUCACAUCAGGACUGCGUUAGAGAUGUAAAUAGUAAAUAGGACGUUGUUCACAGAUCUUGAUGACUCAUCAUCAUGGGUGACUGAACAAAUCUUGUCUCCACCGGUUUAACUCUUUCCAGUCUCAAUAAAAGGCUCUUUUACGUUCUACAGUCGCAUACUAACUCAUGUGUCUUUGAUGAUGAGGCUGGUCUUCCUUCUAUUUUUUGAAGUUUUAUUUCAUUCAUUUUCACCAUCCGUCUUAACUUGAUUCAUUCACGAUGGGAGUUUGACAGUGGAUAAAAGUACACAAAGUCCAUAACGUCUCUACAAUUGAACCACUGUUAUACGAUAAGCAAUGAACACACUUCUUGGGGGAGUAGCUAUUGAGGUGUUUUGAUACAUCUUUCUAUGGACACCAUUAUUUUCCAAUCUGAGAAGUGGCUAGAAAAUUGUAAAGACACUUAGUGGACACCCUGUAUUGGGGACAUGAGCUUCCCAUCUGAGGCCAAUCCUUGAGAUUAUUUUGAUGGGCACAUUUUUCCACACACACCACUCAUGGGACCUUGUUUUGUGCACUGUCAAGCAUAUAAGUGUCCCAACACACCUUGAAAAAAAGAAAACUCCUGGUCCAACUUCUGACUAAUUUAAAUAUGUAAUUGUUUAGGUGUUACAAUACUUUUGUCCAGAUAGUAUGUUAUUUUUGAACAAAUUCAUGAAUUUUGGAUGUGGCAACUUUCUUUCCUCUCGUCAUUUUCGAUUGGAUAAAAUAUUAAGCACAAAAUUCAGCAUGACUUUCAAAAAACUUGAAAUCUUCACCACAUAGAAGUAGACCAGAAUUUAAGACUUUUGACUGGAGGACUGUGACAAACAAGGAGAUGCUCUCUUGUGCCCGUUUCAUGACUGUGGACUGCCUGUCUUGUGUAUUUCUAUUCUUAGACUUAGCCGAAGAUGAUUUUUUUUUUUGCCAUCGAUAUGCCUCAAAGAUUCUACAUUUUUUUUUUUUUUCAAAUUGGCUGCUUUGUUUGUCUCUGCUGUUCUGAGGGUGUCACUGGCUCAUCACUUCACUCUAUUUCCAUGGGUAUGAUGUCUGCUGAGUCUCUCACCUGAAAUUUGGGAUUGAGGUGUGACAAUGCAUACCAUAGAGAUGGUAAUACAGUGUCAACCUCAAACUGCAUCAUGUCAAUAAAGUCAGUUGAAUUAA